AUGGCGACCCUGCCGGUAGGGGAGGACAAAUGGCUCGACUACGUCGCUGAGAACAGUCGGCACGCCAACGAUUUGGAGAAGCGUGUCCACGUCAUUGAGCUGUUCAAGCUUGCUGUCGAGGCCGAGCCCAACAGCGUCCGCGUCUGGCGCGCAUACUGCGACUACUUUUGGUCCUUGUACGUCGCCAGCCAGUCCUACGAGUCGGGAUGGUCCGACGAGGAACGUCACAUGGGCUGCGAGCUCUUCUCUCUCAACGCUGCCCUCAGCCUCUGGCAGCAGGCCUACGAAGCUAUCCAAUACCGCAUCAGCGACAGCCACGAGCUGUGGGAUCAGUGGAUUUCCCUCGAGAGCGGCCUGCUCGCCCGCUCGCGCACCGCCGAGGGCAUCCGACGCAUCACCUACCUCUACACCGACCGCCUGCAGGUCCCACACGUUACCCGCGACAACACUGCGCAAGCCUUCUCCGAGUUUCUGUCGACGUAUAAUAAGGCUGCUUGGGAGGAGACGAUGCAGGGCGUGACCGCCAACCCAAAAUCGCAAGAGGCCAAGAAGCUCACAGAGGAUCGCGACAUGUUCGAACUGAAGCUGAAGCAGGCCUCCCGCGAAGGCAAGGACGACCUCUACCGCAACCUGCUCAAGGAGUAUCUCGAAUGGGAGUGCGCCCAGAGCAAGCGAAGCAACAAGCAGGCCGAGGCUACUGGCGACCUCUGCCGUGGCCUCUAUGCCAGGGCCUUGACGGGCGUCUUUGCCUUCGACGACACCAUAUGGAACGAAUACGUCCGCUUCUUGUCCACAUCCGGUACCUAUGCGCAGUCGCCGCAAGGCAUGGUGGACGUUUUGCGGCGCGCAGUCGAUCACUGCCCUUGGUCGGGUGCGAUCUGGUCGCGCUACAUUCUCACAGCCGAGGACGCCAAGCUCCCCUUUAACGAAAUCGAGCAGAUCAAGCACAAGGCCACCAGUAACCCCGAGCUCUACAAGAACGGCAUGGCCGCACUUCUUGACAUGUACGCUGCCUGGUGCGGGUUUCUCAAGCGCAAGGCCAUGGAUCUGAAUGCCACCGACGAGGACGUUGACAUUGCCGACAUGGGAUUGCGCGCCGCGCUCGAGUUCGUUGACCAGGCCAAACACCGCUACGGCGACAGCUACAGGGGAGACCCAAACUUCCGUCUGGAGCGCAUCUAUAUUCAGUACCUGACGGAGAAGAAACGCAAUGUUGACGAGGCCCGGAGCGAAUGGCACAAGCUGGCCGAGAAGCAGUUGUACGCCGACAGCUACGAUUUCUGGCUCAACUACUACCUAUGGGAAAUGAUGAUAUUCGCAUCCAACGGCAAGGACCGCAGCCCUACGCCUUCUACCGCCGCCAUCGGCUUGAGGGUCCCCUCGGUGGCCACAGCCGUGCUCGGACGGGCAAUCAAGAGAAAGUCCCUGGACUGGCCGGAGAGAGUCAUUGACGUCUAUGUUCAGCACUGCAACGACUAUGAGCUCCCGAGCACCGUCCGCAUUGCCAUCGACACGGUUUAUGAAACUCGCAAAGAAGUGACGAAGCGGCGGGAGAGAGAGGCAGCACAGGCUGCCGAGUACUACGCGGCCCAGGCCCAUGAAACACAAGCAGCAUACGCAGUACAAACGGUAGAUGACGACUCGUCGUCCAGCUCCAAACGAAAGCGGGAAGAAGAAGCUGAUGCGGCCGAUGUGACGUCCAGCAAGAGACCAAAAAGCGAGGCUGUAGAGACGGACACUGCUCUCAAGCAGCAGAGUCUGAAAAGAGACCGAGAAAAUACCUCAGUUCUCGUUGGCAACCUCCCUGCUGAGACCACCAAAACCAAGAUACGGCAGUAUUUCAAAGAGUAUGGCCAUAUUGUCGACGUUACGGACCCAGCCAUUGACCCCCAAGACAACACCCAGACAGUCAUGGUAGAGUUCAGAACCCCGGAAGAGGCGCAGUCGGCCCUACUCAGAGACGGGAAAUAUUUCGGGACGGCCCAGAUCAGCGUGCAGCCCGGCACUGAUCUCACCGUCUAUGUCACCAACUACCCGCCAACGGCGGACAAGGCCUACAUCGGCAACCUCUUCAAGGACUGCGGCGAGGUUCUGAGCAUCAGGAUGCCUAGCUUGAAGGGCAAUGUUCGUCGGCGAUUCAGCUACGUCACGUUCCGUGACCGUUCUGCCUCGACCAAGGCCGUACAAAGACAUGGUACUGUUCUCGAUGGAAAGUUCAAGCUGAUGGCCAUGUACUCCGACCCGACCCGUGCGAAGAAGCGCGAAGGAGCGAUAGAGGAAGGCCGCGAGCUGCACAUUACCAACCUGGACCCUUUGGCCGUCGAGGACGACGUGCAAAAGGCCUUUUCGAAAUACGGUACUGUGAAGCGCAUUAGCAUCCCACGGAAUAAGGCCGGCAAGGGCCACGGUGCGGCAUAUGUCGAGAUGGAAACCAAGGAGCAGGCCCAGACUGCUGCUUCUGAGCUCGACAAGGCCAAGCUGCGCAGCAGCAUCAUGACGGUACAGAUCUCCACACCCAGCAACUUCAAGAGGACGGCGGCCGUCUCGAAAGAGGGCGCCUCCCCUGCACCGAGUCGAGAUGAGGAGGGGGAUGAAACAAUGGCGGACAUCAACGGCGACGGCGGCAGUCGUCAGGCUGGGCCCAACCGGGCUGAGAUCGCUUCGCGGACCAUUGCCCUCCUAGGCAUCCCCGACACGGUCAACGAUGCACGCGUCAAGGAGAUUGUAGAGAAGAUUGGUGGUUUCAAGAGCCUCGUCCUGCAGCCCAGUCACGGCGGCGCCAAGAUCGAAUUCGAAGAUGAGCCGAGUGCUGGCCGCGCCAUGCUUCAGCUCGAUGGCUACGUCCUGGACGGCCGGAAACUACGAACGGGAUCCGUCGAGGAGCUCAAGCAUUCCAAGGGAGAGAUCCGCACGGACAAGAUUGUUUACGGUACUGGUGGGAAGAAGCAGGGCGACAAACCCGCGGCUCCCAAGAACACCAGCAGCGGUGCCGCCUUUGUCCCGCCAUCCACGACCGUCAAGCGGCCAGUGCUGGGCAAUAAGGGCGGUGCCAAGCGAGGAUUGGGGUUCAUGCCCAAGGCCGUGAGCGCAGGAGGGAGCGGACAGGGAGGAGGAGGAGGAGGAGGAGGAGCAGCAGCGGCUUCACAACCGGAAGCCAAGGUCAAUGGUGCCGGCGGCGGGGAGACGGAGACUCGGAAACCGAUGAAGAGCAACGCCGACUUCAAGGCGCUGGUUUUGGGUGGUACCACCACCACUACUACUACAACUGCUACAACAACAACAACUACUAAUGCGUCCAAGGAAGAAGGCGCGGGAAGGAAUGGCAACGGCCAGGCUGGGUACGACCAUCACUAA